AUGGAGAAGUUACGCACAGAUCGUAUCAACAGCAGCAUUGAGCAGCUCAAGUUUCUCCUGGGUCAAGAGAUCCUCAACCAGCAGUCAGACUCCAAGCUGGAGAAAGCCGACAUCCUGGAGAUGACAGUUUGCUUGCUGAGACGACAGCAACAGAACCAGCCAGUGGGCUCCUGCUCAGCAGCUGUCAAUCAGGGUUAAUCCAGGUGUGUCCAAGAAACUGUGCAUUUCCUGUCCAAGGAUGAGGUUAAGACACAGACCCAGAGACUGCUGAGCCAUUUCCAGAGCCUGCAGCCAUCCUCUGAUAAGAACAGGAGGGAGAGUGACCUGCCUCAGUUGAGCUCCCCACCCCAGCACAGCAUCAGCAAAGAGAAGAGUCCAGUCAACAGCGCUCUCUGGAGGCCCUGGUAG